GGCUUCGUGCCUGUUUAAAAUGACUUGGUUGUUGUGAAAAAUAUAUCAAACUGAUAUAUAUGCACAUAUUUAAAUGAAUAAAACAAUCAAUGAGAUUUAUAAUCAUUAUACAUUGAAAUUUUUGUAUUGUAUUACAUACAACAUACAUAUGUGUAUUGUAAAAAAGAAACAUUACAUAUAGUACGCAGAUAUAUUUUAAACUACAUAUUAAACUUGCAAAAUGGCUACGAAACGAGGACGUGGUGAAGGAGAUGUUAAAAAGAAAAUGGCGCGUUUAAGAUUCAAAAAUCUUGUGCGAAGUGUAACAUUAAAUAGGAUUUGGUUAAUGGAUUCCGGUGAGCAAAAGCUCUCACUGAAUGUGAAAAAAAAUAUUAACAUGCUGAUUCGACCGCAACGGAAGGUCGGGAUCCUAACAAUGGCAGAAAAGACAUUAUUGCGAACACAUCACUACCUUCGCUCGAUAAACGACCGGAAAAAGUUAGUCAAUUUAUUGGCAAGCCUCACAUGUUUUUCUCGAAUACCACCGAAAGUACGAGCUAGACUAACACCAGUAAUUAAGUUAUGCUUCGUGGGUCCUGGAAGGAAAAUAAUAAAGGAAGGCGAUCCACCUUCCACGGUGUAUUUUAUUCUAAGUGGAGAAGUCGAAUUAUACAAAAGAGUUUUUGAUCGGACAAAACACACAUAUGUUGAUAAAUUAGAAUCUAUUAGCGGGCCAGGAGACUGUCUUGGGGAUAUUGAAAUGAUAGAAGAUUGUGAAAGAUUAAAUACAUAUAUUUCCCGCAAUCAAGUUGAACUUCUUGUUCUGCAUGAGGACGAUUUUAAUACCAUUCUGCGGCCGACGAUGGCAAAGCAAUGGAUGGAAAGGAAGGCAGCCGUUUCAUCAUUGGAGUAUUUUAAGUAUUUAAAUCAUGAUCAGAUUAUUACAGCGUGCAAAUUAGGCCUUAUUCGUCAGUUUGAUCCACUGGAAACAAUAUAUUAUGAAGAUAAAGGUCACAUUAGUUACGUGCAUUUCGUAAUUAGUGGGGAAUGCAUGAUUUUACAAUGUUUAAAAAUGAAGGUUACUACUAAAGCCGGCGGAAAAUCUUUUGAACUGUUUGAUAUUUCUCAAAACGAAGGCGAUAAUCUACUAUUUCAAGAUUCCACUUUAAACAUUUCUAAAGAUGGCAUUUUUCGCAAUAUAUCUUCGUUUUUUGAUGUGAAUUAUGAAAUAAUGUCUGAAGAGGAAGAUAAAAAUAAAAAAGGAAGUCGACUGACGAAAAAUAUGGAGAAAGUCCAAAAAAAAUAUAUUGGGAAUGCCGCAAUAAGGAAUAUAAUUGAAGUGUGGGCACAAUUUAAUUCCCAACUGCGUGGAGUUCACAAAAAUAGCCACAUUUACUCGGCAAUGAGCACGCAACUUGUAAAUGAACACGGUGUUCUCCUAGCGCCAGCCGAGCUGCGAAAUCGAAUUAACAAUUUAACAAAGAAGUACAGACAGGAACGGAAGGCUGUGGGCCCAAGCGGAGGAGCUCCGUCUAAUUGGGAAUUCUACGACGACAUACACAAAAUAAUUGGCAGCUAUAAAUCAAAUUUCACACACGAACUGGCCGACGAAAGCAUUGAAAAUGUUUCGGAUCCAUUAGACACAUCGAUGGCGGCAUCUUCAUUGUCAAAUGAAAGUGGACUUGAAGAAGCACCAUCAACUUCGUCGGCUGCAAUAAAGAGAAAGAGGAAUAGUGAUGAAGAUUAUCUCGAACUGGCUAAAAAAGAGCAAAAGAUGAUGGAAGCUUAUUUCAAUAAAUCUUUGGAAAAUGAGGAAAAGGCCCUCAAAUUGAUGGAGCAAACCAACGCCGUUCUUAUGGCUAUGUUAAAUAAACAUAUGUAAAAAAAAAAUAUCAAUUCUUUGUCAAAAAUAAAAAACAAUAUUUACCGUGGAUAAAAUGUGUCAUAAUUGCCU